AUGAAUGAACCAAAAUUGCAGAUAGAAUUUCAGUACAAUGAUGAACGCCAAUACACCACUCCUCCCUCGGAUAAAUUAAGCAAGGAUGCAUCUUGGAACGAGAAUAUUUUAUUAAACAUAAAAAGAUUGGAUGCUGACAAAGAUGCGAACCUGAUUAUUAAAUGUUGGGACAAUAGAAUCAAAGGACCAGAAGGUGUUUUAAUUGAAGUGAAGAAGAGUAUUUGUGAAAUGAGGAAUUAUCAACGAACCGAAAACAGCAGAGUCAAGAUUUGUUUAAAUAAUGAAAUUGAAUUAAUGUUCAAAAUUUACUUUAUAGAUUUGUGCGGGAUUUAUGGUCCUUUAGAAUUUAAGUUGGAUCAAGACAAACAUUCAACCAAGGAUUACUGGAAAACCUCACAAUCAGAAUUCAAAUGGCCAGUAUCCCUAUUUUUACUUGACAAGACCAGUGAACUGACUAUUCAUUGUGUGCUUUCAAUCUGGUUAUUCUAA